AUGAGCUUAAUCUUGGUUCAUCAGCAUUAUAUCCGAGAGAGCGCUCUUGAAGGCACUGUGGGAGGAGCAAGUUACCCCGUUACUGCAGUAAUAAAAUCGGGCGAAUCGUCUAUCAAUCAGGAUCCAACAGGGGCUGAUAACAGCAGUGGCAAGAAUCAUCCAAUGCACAUAAGGAGGCCCAACCCCGUCUUCGAUACAGAUACAUCGGAUGUUGAAUAUCAAUUCUUGCUUGGAACAAUAUCCAUCAAAACUCGGUCAAGUCGUCCUAUAAUGACGAAGACGGAUUCUACGAGCAAUACUCAACAUGAAAUUGAAACGAAAACGUUCAAACUUCAGUUGGUAAAAUGGCUCGCCCCCUUCAAUGUAGAGCUGCAAGCUCUGCGACGCUGGGGCACGUGGACUUAUCAAUUGCGACAUUGGCGAGUGAUAAAUGCCAAUUCCCUCUUAUUCGAGCUGUGCAAGGAUGGGGAUCUGAAAAAUAUUCAACGCCUUCUUGGGGGACGGCUUGCCUCUCCCUUCGACGUGUCUCCGGAAGGCAGAACGGUCUUACAUUAUGCCGCGCGAUCGGGACAUGCGGAACUGGUUUCCUUUUUCUUGCAAUUGGGGGCCGACGCAAAUGCUGAAACCACGAACGGAGAGAGCGCGUUUCAAUAUGCAAUGUGGAGCCCGCGAGGACAAACCCAUCUUGAGUUAGCACGGCUAUUCUCUACAGACUCUAUUAUGGAGAUGCCCUCCAACGGAUCGAAGUUCUGCUUAACACUGGCCAUCACGUUCUUGGCAGCAGGGUCACGAUUAUCGAAAGUCUAA